AUGAGUGUCUUUGCUCUGAGCUCAACUAGAUUCCUCAUAGGAAACAUCUAUGAGUUUCUCCAAGUGGCCUCCGUGCUCAGCCUUCUCCUGCUGCUCUUCAAAGCAGCCCAGUUCUACCUGCAGAGGCAAUGGCUACUCAGAGCUACCCAGCAGUUCCCGUCCCCACCUUCUCACUGGUUCUUUGGACACAAGAUCCCAAAGGAUCGGGAGCUGCAAGAGGUUCUAAAACAGAUAGUCAACUUCCCAAGCGCCUAUCCACAGUGGAUCUGGGGGAGCAAAGUGCGCCUCCAGGUGUAUGACCCUGACUACAUGAAGUUGAUUCUGGGGAGAUCAGACCCAAAAUCUCAUGGUUCCUACAGAUUUCUAGCCCCCUGGAUUGGGUAUGGUUUGCUUCUGCUGAAUGGACAGCCGUGGUUCCAGCACCGACGAAUGUUGACUCCAGCUUUCCACCAUGACAUUCUGAAACCUUACGUGGAGAUCAUGGCAGACUCUGUUCGUGUAAUGCUGGAUAAAUGGGAACAGAUUGUUGGCCAAGAUUCCACCUUGGAGCUCUUUCAACACAUCACUUUGAUGACCUUGGACACCAUCAUGAAGUGUGCCUUCAGCCAUGAGGGCAGUGUACAGUUGGACAGAAAAUACAAGUCCUACAUCCGGGCAGUUGAGGACCUGAACAAUCUCUCUUUUUAUCGUGUGAGGAACUUCUUUCACCAAAAUGACAUCAUCUACAAUUUAUCCUCUAAUGGCCGCCAGGCUAAGAAUGCCUGCCAACUCGCUCAUGAUCAUACAGACCAAGUGAUCAAAUCAAGGAGGGCUCAACUUCAGGAUGAGAGAGAGCUGGAGAAGGUUAAGAAGAAAAGGAAACUGGAUUUCCUAGACAUCCUUUUGUUUGCCAGAAUGGAAAAUAGAAGCAGCUUGUCUGAUGAGGACCUGCGUGCUGAAGUGGAUACGUUCAUGUUUGAAGGCCAUGACACCACAGCCAGUGGUGUCUCCUGGAUCUUCUAUGCUUUGGCCACACACCCUGAGCACCAGCAGAGAUGCAGAGAGGAAGUUCAGAGCCUCCUAGGGGAUGGAACGUCUAUCACCUGGGAGCACCUGGACAAGAUGCCCUAUACCACCAUGUGCAUCAAGGAGGCCCUGAGGAUCUACCCACCUGUACCAGGUGUGAGCAGAGAGCUCAGCACACCUGUCAUCUUCCCAGAUGGGCGUUCCUUACCCAAAGGUAUCACAGUCGUACUCUCCUUCUAUGCUCUUCAUCACAACCCAUCUGUCUGGCCAAAUCCAGAGGUGUUCGACCCUUCUCGAUUUGCACCGGAGGCUUCUCGACACAGCCACUCAUUCCUGCCCUUCUCAGCAGGAGCAAGGAACUGCAUUGGGAAACAGUUUGCCAUGAACGAGCUGAAGGUGGCUGUGGCCCUGACCCUGCUCCGCUUUGAGCUGCUGCCAGAUCCCACCAGGAUUCCAGUCCCCACUGCAAGACUUGUGUUGAAGUCCAAGAAUGGGGUCCACCUGUGUCUCAAGAAGCUCCAAUAA